GACAAGACCUUUCCGUGGGUACCAACAUUUUUGACCCCGUGACCUUGACCUUGGAGUUUGAUCUACUUUUUGAAAACUUUAACCUUGCUAAUACCUUUUGAACAGUAAGUGAACAUUUUUGACCUUUGACCUUGGAAUUUGACGUACUUUUUGAAAACUUUAACCUUGCUAAUACCUUUUGAACAGUAAGUGAUAGAGCUUUGAUAUUUCACAUGAGUAUUCCUUGUGACAAGACCUUUCCGUGGGUACCAACAUUUUUGACCCUUGACCUUGGAAUUUGACGUACUUUUUGAAAACUUUAACCUUGCUAAUACCUUUUGAACAGUAAGUGAUGGAGCUUUGAUAUUUCACAUGAGUAUUCCUUGUUACAAGAUCUUUCCGUUGGUAUUGAACCUUUUGACCUUGACAUUUGACCUACUUUAAUUUUUUUUUUUUUACAUUUGUCAUAACUUCUAAAUGGUAAAUAUUAGAGCUUUCAUAUUGUACAUGAGCAUUUCUUUUGACAAGAUCUUUCUACUGGUACCAAGAUAUUUGCCCUUGUGACCUUGGCCUUCUUUGGAAUUGGCCAUUAUCGGGGGCAUUUGUGUUUCACAAACACAUCUUGUUGUAACAAUGUAAUUCAAAUGAGUCACCUCAGUAUGUUUAAAAGGGCCUUUGGCUGUCAUUUUGUCACCAAAAAUUGAAUUCAAUAAAAAUUGCUCUAAUUAUUUCAAACACUUUUUAAGAUUAAAUAAUUAUUGUAUUGCAAGACAAUAAUUCUUCCUGAUAUAUUUCUUUACAUUAAAAGCAGUUAUCUAACAUAGUUUUACAAAUGUAGUAGGUUUCUCUUGUUUUUGUAUAAAAUAAAUGUUUUUAUUAAUCAUUAUCAUUCCUAUGCCGUGAAGACAUUUUGAGAAAAAUUGGUUGUAAAUGAAGUAAAAUUUAUCUAUGUAUAUUAUUCAUCUUACACCAUACACACAAGUGCUUGAAUAGUAAAUCAAGGUAAACUAUGGGUGCGUUGAUAAUUCUCCCAUUGGUUGAUGUUGGUAGUGCUAGUUACUAAUGGUAAACCAUUGGUACCAAUUUGUUGAUUGUUACAUAUCUCCACAAAUGAUCUUUAUAUAUGUCCCAGUCAGUUUUGCAUUACAUCUUUUAGCUUUGAGAAAUUCUAAGUUGGUUUUGGGUGGUGGUAAAUGUCUCUUAGGUGUUAGAAAAUAAAUGUAGCCUAGUUCUUUACCAUCUUGAUGGAAUUGAUAUGAUAUUACACUGGUACUGCAUAUUCAAAGGCUGGUCUCCCCAUUUCUCUAAUAGAUGGUUUACAGCCCCACAUGUUACAACAUUUAAAGCCCACAGCUCUGUUGGCCUUGAUGAUGGUGUUACUACCAAUAAUAUGUGUAUUCCACUUUAGGUCUGAAGUUUCUAGCUGCUCAGAGACUGCAAAAAAUGAUUUUACAUGUAUAUACUAUUUUCAAAUUCAGAUUUAUACAAAGAAUCCGAAUCAUCUUCGCUAGCCAAGGGUUUACAAUCCACUCUGCUUCUCUACAACAAGAAGCGGAGUGGACCAUUGGCUAGCGAAGAUGACAAAGAACGCAAAGUAGAACAAACAAAACUUUAGAACUGGUCCCAAUGAGUUCACAAGUUGAAGUCAGAACAAGAGUUCUUGCUCUUAGUUUGGGAGGGAAAUUUUUACUGAAAUGGAUUCAGGAAUACAAACUUUGAUUUAAUUCAAUACUCAGUAUGAUGUUCUGUUUUAUGCAAAAACAUAUCUAAUCAAUAAAUUGUGUUUGUGUUGGGUAUUUUGUGGCAUUUAUAUGUCAUUUUGGUAAUUCAUACUGCCCUACUCUUAAUCAUUCAAAUGAGAAAAAUACUGAUAAAGAUUUACUGUGAUCAGUGUUAAAAUGUAUGUCUUACUAUGGUAUAGAUUUAUUUAUCAAUUACAUUUCUUGGAGAAUAUCUUGAAAAGUUUAAUCAAAAGCAAUCUGACCAAAGUACAGACCUAUAUUAUAUAUAUGAUACAAUAGUCAUAUUGCUUUGAGUACAAACAAAAAAAUUAGUUAAUUCCUAAAAACUAGAUAUAUUUUGGAAUACCCUGUAACUAUCGUGACACAACUCUUUGGUAAAUGCCUCACCGGAUGUUUUCCCCACCCCUGAAUAAAAUCCAGUACAUGUGUACAUAAUAGGAAGAUAAAACUGUAAGAGAUAUAUUCAUGCAUCAGAUUUUUUAUAAGUUUAUAAAUCUUCUUUAAAAGGGAAAUGUAGAUGUUGGUAAGAGGAUGAUAAAAUGGGCAUUUAACUUCCGUGCCUGGCAGCCAUCGAAGUCCGAGUGGAUGUUAUGUGGCCAGUGUAUUCAGAGCGAAGAAAAAGAUCGGAUUCAGAGAUUUGUCUUCAAGAAAGAUGCUAAAGCAGCAAUGGCUGGAAGGCUGCUGAUUCGUAAAGCAAUUACAGAAUGUUUAAACUUACCAUAUAAGGAAAUCAAGUUAGGAAGAACAGAAAAAGGAAAGCCUUUUCUUGUCAACCUAGUACAGGAAAGCUUCAGUUUCAAUGUGUCUCACAAUGGUGAAUUUGCUGUGUUGGCUGCCUCGAGAAAUGGAAACAUUGGCAUAGAUGUCAUGAAGUAUGAAGUCAGAUCAUCUGUACCAAAUUUUUUUCACACAAUGAGGCGCCAGUUUACAGAAUCAGAAUGGACUCAGAUACGAAAACCAACACAGGAAUGUGAACAGCUUAAAAUAUUCUACAGACUCUGGUGCCUUAAAGAAAGCUAUGUCAAAGCUUUAGGAGUAGGCAUUGGAUUUGAAGUCAGCCGACUGGAUUUUACAUUUAACACAGAAUAUUUGCAAGAAAAUGUUGUGACAACAGACACAUACCUAAAGGUUGAUGGAGUACAUCUCCCAGAGUGGACUUUUGAGGAGCAUUCUAUAAACAAUCACUGUAUUGUUGUAGCAAGGAGUCCCAAGGACACACCAGACUGUGUGGAAGAGGAUAAUCCAUGUAGUUUUGAAGUUCUAGAGUUAAAUGACUUACUUAGAAAUGCCAAACCUUCAUAUGAGCCAGAUGAAGGAUUCUGGGGAAAUUUUGAACCAAAAGAAGAGGCACCUCAGAUAGGCAGGGAAAUUAGAUCUUAGAUAUUGCUCAUAAUUUGUAAUGUGUAUUCAAUUCAUCAACACUUAGAUAUUGCUCAUAAUUUGUAAUGUGUAUUCAAUUCAUCAACACUUAGAUAUUGCUCAUAAUUUGUAAUGUGUAUUCAAUUCAUCAGCAAAUUGGUAGAAAUAUAAAUAAAAAAUAUAUGUAUUAAGUAUGGAA